CUACUUUACCUUUACCUUUAUCCCCUUGCGAGUAAAAUUAGGGUUCUUCGUGAUGGAGAGUCCGGGCAUUGCCGAGCUCGAUCUCCCGGACGACGAUGACACUUUGGCGCCGGAAGAAGAGGAAGCGCAAGAGCAACGCCCUGCCGACGAUCUAGAAGUCGAGAUUGUCCAGCAGCGGAUCGUCUUCAUCAUCCCCGCAUUGCCUCCGAGGCCGGAGAUCCACAAGAACAGGAGGAAAGAGAAGCGGCAGCGGCAGCGCGAUCGCGAUCGCGGCCAGAAUCCAGAGCAAUUGCAGGAGAGGCAGAGGGAGAGGAAGCGCCAGAGAAAGGAGAUUAUCGUCCCAAGCAUCAAUCCAGGGGCCUUGGCGAGAUUGCUAGCGCCGGGCCAGGAGGAGAAUCUCAUUCACAGGACCAAGACACUGUUCUUGAGAAAGAGGGUGGAGAGAAGAGGAGGAUUGCGACUGUGGCUGGGCUCCAAGGGGCUGGGAAGGUUUGCGCGGCUCUUCCAGGAGCACAAGAUCGAUGUGAGCGAGCUCUCGCAUCUCACCAUGGAUGCUCUCAAGCAGAUUGGUGUUCUUCCAGUCGGGCCUCGCAGAAAGCUUAUCGCAGCGAUCGAGAAGCUGUGCAUCUGAGCGCUUGGACGACGAACGAAGAACAAAAUUUCAAAGAUUGGAACUUACAAAUCUCAAAUGGUGGUUUCGUAUUUAGAUUUCGUUCGAGCGAAUCAUCAUCUCCGUGCUUCGAGCUUCUUGGCUUCCUUGGCUGCGAAAACAAAGAGAUUCUUGUUUAGCUUCCAGUGGAUGGAUUGGGAAAAAUCUUCUUUUUACCAGC